AUGAUGAGUGCACCGAUACAGCCCGACGAAGUCCGGAUCGACCACGAUGCAACGGCCGCGAGCCGGAAGCAGCAAGCCAACGCAGCCGUGGCUCGGGCCAACGUCGACAACCUACGAGAUGACCCAGAAGCUCGAGCGGCAUUUCUUUCAACGUUUUCGGCGGAAGAGGAAAGAUCCGUCAUCAACAAAGUUGACAAGGCCUUCCUGCUUCUCAUCGGCGUAAUGUUUAUGAUCAAGCAGAUUGACCAAACCAAUGCUGCAAAUGUGCGGGUGUUGCAGGCAGGAGAGUCCCGGAAUAUCAUGAAAGAGCUCGACAUGACGUCUGACCAAUACAAUUGGGUCGGAUCCAUCUAUGGUAUCGCCUACAUCAUCUUUGAAGCACCCAGUAAUCUUCUCCUGAAGCGUAUGAGUCCACAUCUUUGGCAGUCUCGUAUCUUCCUCACCUGGGGAAUCAUUACAGCCUGCCAAGCUGCAGCUCAAAAUCGGCAUCAACUUUACGCUAUGCGAUUUCUGCUUGGGAUGUUCGAGGCGGGGAUGUUUCCGGGUAUCAUGGCCCAGUUAUCUAGCUGGUACCGCACAGAUGAGAUAGGCAAACCAGUGACUUGGUUCUUUGCAAUGUCCAACCUGGCAGGUAUCAUCGGAUCUAUUCUAUGUUAUGGUAUCAGCUAUAUGAACGGGAUUCGUGGUAUUAGUGCUUGGAGAUGGGUGUACCUUCUCGAAGGACUGGCUACCAUCGUCUUCUCUGGUGUGGUAUUUUGGCUGCUACCAGACUAUCCCAAGUCACCGCGCAGCAGCCGCUUCCUGACAGAGAGGGAACAAGAGUUUGUAGAGGCCAGGUUACCGGAGAAUGCGCCCCUGACUAACGAUCCUGAUUUCGCCGGCAAAGAGAUUUGGGCGGCCUUACGAACACCAUUGAUUUGGUCAUUCAUGCUGUCGCAGACGCUCAUCAAUAUUGGAGGAUACGCGUUGACAUGGUACUUGCCUACCAUUGUUACUAAUCUUGGCUUUGUGGGGCUGCCGAGGAAUCAGCUGUUGAACAUGCCUCCUGCGUUUGCCGCCAUCGUGGGCUUAAUAUUUUCGGCGUGGUUCAUGUCGAGAGCGUAUAUCGUCCGGCCAGCCUACAUCAUGAUACUCAUGUCCGGCAUGGUUGUAUGCUUUGUUCUCUUCUUCACGAUCACCAAUCGGUAUGGCAUCUACAUCUCCUGCAUCUUGGGAACUUUGUUCUACCAAUCAUACUUCAUUCCGUUCUGGGCCUGGAGAUCUGCCACACUUUCUGGAUCUACGGGGACGGCCUUCACGCUUGGUCUUCAAUCGGGUAUAGCCCAGCUAGGCGGCGUCAUCGGGCCGCAGCUGUUCCAGUCAAAGUUCGCAUACAAUGGUUACAAAACAAGCUUCGCGAUAGCAGCGGCGACAACUAUCGCCUCCUUUGUCGCCAAUCUAUGGACUUGGUGGUUGACCCGGAACACGGAGUACGAUGUGAUGAGAGGAGAACCCGUCGAGAAUGUGUGGGGGCCACGCCGUAGCGUAAAUUCUCGCAACUUCACUGAUCCUAAAAUAACUCACUUCGGUCCUGACUCAACACUUUCUGAGGGGCCUCACAUACCAAGUUCACAACCAGUCAUGUCGGCAUCGCCAGCUCUUGCGCAGCUUUUGGAGAAGGUGAUUCCGCAAGGGGACCGCUCGUCUCUCCGCAGCGAUGUAAUCCCGGCAAUCCUUGACGCCAUUUCCGGUAUCGCCAAGACUCUGCAGGCAUCCCAGCACGUCUCACUUGCUGGGACAGCGAACGCCUUUGGUGACGACCAGCUCAACGUCGACGUGCUCUCCGAGAACGUAAUGCGCGAAGCUAUUGCGAGAUGCCCCUCGAUCCAGACCGCAAGCAGUGAGGAGGACCCGAUCGAGAAGCCUGCAAGGCCACAAGCGAGCGCUGGCGCAAACGAGAUCCCUGCAACCUCAGAGGAGUACACCGUCGCUUUCGAUCCCCUUGAUGGCAGCUCCAUCAUUGCGCCAAACUGGACGGUUGGAACAAUUGUCGGCAUCUGGGAUGGGCGCACCGCGGUGGGCCAGUCACCGGUUGAGAAGCAGAUUGCGGCCAUUAUUGGUGUCAUCGGACCCCGGACUACCGCCAUUGUCGCCGUGCGGAUCCCCGGCGCCGACUCCGCUUGCUUUGAGAUCGGAUACGGCCCGAACGGCGUGGAAGAUUGCGAGGUCAUUCGGUCGGUCGUCAAAUUGGCUGACGCACCCUUCAAGACGCGGUACUUUGCGCCCGCGAACCUGCGACAUGCGGCGGACGAUGAGAGGUACAGUGCUCUCAUUACGCGCUUCAUCAAGGAGAAGUACACGCUGAGGUACUGCGGCGGCCUUGUACCCGACAUUGUGCAUGCGCUUGUCAAGGGUCAUGGUGUCUAUGUUAUGCCUGUUACACCCGGUGUUCUUCCCAAGCUCAGAUUCCUCUACGAGCUAUACCCGAUUGCUCUGAUCAUGGAGUGUGCGGGUGGCCAAGCCAUUGACCCCACGGAUGGCAGACCACUGCUUGAGAAGAUUCAGAAGGAUUGCGAUGGUAGAGCAGGUCUAAUCUGCGGCACGACGGAGGAGGUGAGGAUUGUUAAGCAGGUUCUUCUUGGAUGA